GUUUGGCGCAGGAAACCCACAUGACGUCGACGCGCAAGUUCCGCUGCGACGACUUGUUCCGGUUCAACAAUGUCAACCUGGAUGUGCUGACCGAGACGUAUAACAUGUCGUUCUACCUGCAAUACUUGACCAAGUGGCCCGAUUACUUCCUCCUGCAAGAAGAUCCGAACGGCACCAUGAUGGGAUACGUCAUGGGCAAAGCGGAAGGCAAGGGGGAGAAUUGGCACGGCCAUGUGACGGCGGUGACAGUCGCGCCAGAGUUUCGCCGACUCGGCCUUGCCAAGAACCUCAUGGACUACCUCGAGAAUGUCUCGGUUGAGCUGUACGAUGGUUAUUUUGUUGAUCUCUUUGUGCGCGUGUCCAAUACAUUGGCCAUUGGCAUGUACGAAAAGUUUGGGUAUUCCGUCUAUCGCCGGGUUCUUGGGUAUUAUUCAGGCGAUGACGACGGCGAAGAUGCAUUUGAUAUGCGGAAAGCUUUGCCGAGGGACAAAGACAAAAAGUCCAUCAUUCCACUGCCGUACCCGGUAAUGCCCGAUUCCUUGAUGGAUUGAGACCGCUUAAGUUGAAAUACACGUCGCCAAGUAUUCAUCAUGCCCUCGUCUAGACGGAUGUUGUGGCCGGUUUUUACACAGGGUGUGCACUCGCCGCCGCUGUCAUGUUGGGGUGGCUCGUUUCGAAAGAUGCAGACGCUUCCUUCUCGAGUGUCGCCCUGUCCAUCCUUGUGGUGGCAAUACUCCUCUGGAUCACAUCCUCCGUGCUUCGACGGUUCGGUCUAAGCGCCGCUAACUUGGUUACGACCUUGUUUGACUAGUGCA